UCCCAGCGCGCGGCGUUCAGUAUCUGUGGUGCGGUGGCUGCGGGUGGGCGCAGCCGGUUCAACCAUGAUCGCGACGGGCACCUGUUUCAUGAGAGGCGAGGAAGUGAACGAAGACAGCGCCAUUCAAGGGAUCGUCACCUUUGAGUGGGAUGAAACUGAAGAAGUGCUCAUAAAGGGGAACAUUGAGGGACUGAAACCAGGAAAACAUGGUCUUUAUGUUUCAUCAUCGGGAAAUGUUAGCACUGGCACUGACAGUUCAGGAGCGCAUUAUAAUCCCUGUGACAAAAAACACGGUGGACCACAAGAUGAUGAGAGACAUGUUGGUGACCUGGGUAACAUUGAAGCUAAUGCUGAAGGAAUUGCAAAGUUUGAAAUGCACGAUCGACUCCUCCGAUUGGCUGGAAAUUAUUCAAUAAUUGGACGUACUUUGGUGGUUACUGAAAAGGAAGAUGACCUGGGUAAAGGUGGAGACGAAGGAAGCGUCAUGGGAGGAAAUGCUGGAAAAGGUUUAGCUUGGGGUAUAAUUGGAAUAGCUAACAAAAAAUGAACCAGGCAUAUAAAUUCAACAAGUAUUAACUGAAUAAUAAAAUUAAACAAGCUGUUCCAUGUAAUUAUACAAUUCGCUCAAAUUUGCAUUAAAUUUCAGAAACUGGUCUUUAUAAAGAUGUCAUUCAUAUUGCAAAUCUUUCAGCACUAUAAAAUGCAUUG